AAACUGAGGCACACUUAAACGAACUGAAACAAACUGACGCUAACUGAAGCGACGGAGGCGCGACCGUCUUUACGACCGCCCCUUCGAGAGAACACACGCCAGCGAUGCCAACCCAGCCGGGCACCCCCAGCGAAGAUCCCCCCCCGAGCUGAUUGAAGCCGCCAACACGUCCAUCCUUUUCGUUUAGUAGCAGUAGCCCGUUUUUUCCCCUUUGCCGGCAAUUGUGCAGGGUGAAGUGCUCACCAAGGGAGCGGCCCACAGAGAGCUUCCCCCCCCCGCGCAAGCCACUUUCCUUUCUGCGAGGCGUCUGCGAAAGUGACGACCUGCACUGUGUGCUUCACCGCAAGGGUGUGUACUGAGGGGAAGCGGCGGCGCAGCGCAAGCAGCAGAGCAGAGCCGCACAUCGGCCAACGCUACUACACGGCGUUACUACACGGUGCUACUACACCGCGCUACUAAACAGCACUACCACACCGCGUUGCUGCCGCUCCCCCGCCGCCAUGCCCCCCGACGGCGUCAAGCGGACGUACGAGUGCCUGUACACGCACCAGAAAGUACAGAAGAGCAAAAAAUGGCAGGAGGGGUACUGCGAAAUCAUCGCGAGCUACGGGGUCAUCAAAAUUAACCUCCUGAACCAAAACAGGAGUUGCGUCGAGAGCUCCCUCAGCAACGUCGUGUCCUUCCACAACGUCGAGGAGGAGAUCGAACUCCCCAACCACCUCAUUCAGUUCGUGGACGUAAGUAAUUAUGCGGAAAAUGUUAUUAAAAAUGUCAUUAAGGGUGACGCCAGCAAAAAAAGGGGGACUCUAUCCGCCCCACAAAGCGACGAAGUGGUACACGCAAAUAAAAAUAAAAAGAAAAAAGUGACAGCACCUUUGGAGGUGAGCAGUACGAGUGGACCCACAGGGAGGGAGGUACCCAGCGCUGACCCUCAAAACGAUGCUGCGACACUCCCCGUUCGGAAGACAGAUAGGUAUGUCCGUGCUAAUAGGAAAUUUGAAAUGCCAAGGCGGAUUGAGCAACACGCGGAUGUAGAGAAGGAGGGGGAUCCACAUGGCGAGGCGCCACACCAUUUGGAGGAGGACCAUUCUGGGGAUGACUCAUCAGAAGGGGAAUCCCCAGAAAAGGUGGAAAGAAAAAAGCCACUGCACAGAAUCGCACCGCGUCUCCUGCCAAACUGUUCGGCAAACCGUCCGCCCCACCCGAGUGACACCCACCAACGGGUCAGUGUAACCUACACCAGCCUACACACCUUUAACACCAAAAAAAAAAACGUCAAGUGGUAUGAUGGGUUCCUCGUGCAAAGGAAGGACCUCCUAGAGCUCUAUAACAACGCCGAGGGCAGGAUACACAUUAGAAGUAGGGACGAAGGGAUACAGCAGGAGGAGUAUAUUCAGUUUGGCAGUUAUAUCGUGUACAAUGAUUUUUGCUUCCUCUCUGCAAAGAAUCGACACGGGAGUGUUGAGACGAAGCCCAGGAGAAUUAACGGCAUGGCGAAAGGUGCCAGCCUCAGCCUCAGGCACGGGGGGAGGAUCCCCGCGCAGUUGCACCAAGUGCCGCGAAGGAAGGGCCACUCGGGGGAAGAGGCGAGCGAGGAGGGAGAAGCGAAUGAGGAGGAAGAAGCGAAUGAGGAGGAUGAGGCUGCCCCCCGUUCGGAUGCCGAGUCGACCACCAACUCGGAUGCUAACCCUCGGGCGAACCGGAACCCCUACGCGGAGGCAGUAAACCUCUUCAGAAAAUGCGUGAGAGGGAAGGAGGGGGGGCACUCUUGCCCUUCUCGGCCGAAGCGCAGCCACGUUGAUACUUCACCAAGUAGGAAGAAGGAACUGCGGAGGGAUGACCGAGGUGGGGAGAGCGACUCCCCCGGGGAAGCGGCUUCUCAUGACCGUCGCAUGAACCACCAACCGGGUGAUAACCACCCAAAGGACGAUCAACCGAAUGAGCGUCGUCGAAGGGACGAGCUGGAGUUCCCCCUUUACACAAACCCAAGUGGACGAAGCGAUGCGUACCUCUGCUCCGCCGUCAGACAGAAGCACAACACUUACGAGGAGAUCAUCAACAUAGGGAGAGUCGUUAGUCAGAAGAACUUUUCGUGGGUGAACCCCCACCGAAAUGUCAUCAGGCUGCCUCUGGGCUGCAACUUGCUCAGCAGGCGCGUGCCCAGGGGGCCCCCCGCGCGAACGCCCCCGAGCGGGAGGAAGAGCGGUGAGGGAAGCGGUCAGGAGAGCGGCCAGGGGAGCGGCCAAGAGAGCGGCCAAGAGGGCGACCAUGAUGGAGCUGGCGACGGGGGCAGCGUGGAGAAGCGGCCCUGCGGGAGUGACGCAAACGGUGAGGGGGAGCGGCCCACUGGGGGGGACAGAGACAGUGAGGGGGAGCGACCCUCUGGUGGUGAAAUAAACGGUGGGGGAGAGCACCCCUCCUGGAGUGCCACAAACGGUGAGAAGCAACCCUGCGGGAGCUCCACGGAGGCGAACUCGCGGGGGGAGGAAGCCGCGUCCGAGGCGGAGUGGGGCGCAAAGGAUUGGCAGCGCGAUGGGCCGCACGUUGAGCAGCACGUUCAGCAGCACGUUACGCAGCUUGUUCAGAUGGACCCCCGCUUGGAACGCGCAGAAGGAGGCCAGCCGAACCCGUACGAAAUAAAAAGCCUGAGCAACUUUGCCUGCACGAACAGCGGGUUCAAUGCCUCCCACGUUGAGCACGUCUGCAGAGAAAACUUAUUCCUCCCCAUGCAUGUCACCAUCUUAAAAGAAAAAAACGAAAUGAAAAAAAAAUUACAAAGCAUACAGUUCCAACGCAUCCCCAAUUUUUUUAUGAACAAGUCAGACUACAUUCUCUCCUUUAUGAAUGCCACUCUUUUUCAGAUUUACUACCAAGUGCAAUCGAAAUUGAUCGGUCUGCAUGAUUACUUGGCGCCUCUGUUAGGAGAGAUGAGGGGGGACCCCGUCGUGGGUAGUGGCUCCAUUGGUCGCAGCAGUAUGGCAGGCACGGUAGACUGCGUAAAGGGGCAACCCCUUCAUUUGAGAAGUGGUGGGGGGCUCCCCAGUGGUAGUCGCAACCCCCAGGCCAAUCGCCCAAACGGGGAAGACAGCAAAAGGAGGAAGUACAGCCACUCGGAGGACGACUACACGUUGGUAAUUCAAAACGUAGAAGUGAUAUGCAGCUCGCAGGAAGAAGCGAGGAACACCUUUUGGCGCAAUAAACCCCAGAGCGGAUUUUCAAGUCGGUUCCUUUCCGGGGGGGGCACCAAAGCGAAGAGGUUCUUCCUCAGAAAAACCGAAAGAGAGGUCCUUCUCGUUGAUAAAAAAAAGACAAACAAGCUGAUGAGGGAAGAAGACGUAAAUAGGUAUGUCCACAUGAAUCACCUAAUCGUCAUGGGUAGAGGCGGCUCCUCCGCGUCUGUCUCCUCCGCGUCUGUCUCCUCCGCGUCUGUCUCAUCCGCGCUUGCCUCAUCCGCGCCUGCCUCCCCCUCGUCCACCCCGGGGGAGGAGAAAGACCUGCUCCUCUUCGUCGCCAAGUGGAACGCCUUCAAGCAGAACCACCUGGAGAUAUACCCCCUGAACGUCAGCACCUUCUCCCACAUGAACGAGACCUUCCAUGUGCAGGCAAAUGUAAAGUCAAAGGAUCUCAACUACUUUCUUAAAAAUUAUAAAGUGAAGCUUUUCCCUUCUUGUCUCUUCCUAGUCAAUUUAGGGGAUCACCUCGAUAAUCUAAAACAUCUUUUUUUUCUUCUUCAAACUUUGGAUAGGGGGAAGGUUCCGCUCGGCAAGUUGUUCCGCCCUCCGUAUCUGCCCAAGAGCGGCACAUUGCACCUGGAUGGGUUGCUCCGGCAGAUUGGCGUCAGGACCUCUGCGUGGGGCUCCCCUCCUGAGCUCAUCGACCUGCACAACGUGGGGGCCGAUUACGUGGGCGGCCUUCUUAACCGACUCGGGAAAGACUCGCAGCUGAACGAGAGGCAGAAGUGGGUCAUCGAGGGCGUCUUGGCCUGGUUCCGCUGCGGGGGGGAGGAGCAGCAGCAGCAGAAGAAGAGGGGGAAGCGGGAGAAGCUGCAGAAGCGGGAGAAGCUGCAGAAGCGGGAGAAGCUGCAGAAGCGGGAGGAGCUGGAAAAAUGCGAGACCACCUCCUCGGCCGCCGCGCAAAGCGGCACCCCCGCCCGCCGCGGCGACAGCAUCCUCGUCAACGGCAUAUUCGGGUCGGGCAAGAGCACCCUCAUCUGCAACGCAAUAUGGUACCUCCACAAGCUGCUAACCCGCGAGGAGCGCGCCGGGGGAAGCGGCCAGGGGAGCAGCCAAAGUGGUGGAAGAAGCGGGAGCGGCGGAAGAAGCGGACGAAGUGACCAAAGCGACGAAAGCAGCCGAAGUGAUGGACGCGAUGGAGGCGAACAGAGCUCCAGCAGGACGAGCCGCCCACCCGCGCACACAGACCGCCGACGGACCAGCCAGGGAAAGAAGAAGAUACUCCUCAUGUGUAACUCAAACCUCGCAGUAGACAACAUCCUGCUGAAGCUCAAGUUCCAAUUUGACUUUCACGAUUACGCCAGAAUUGGAAGCCUUUUCGAAAUCAACUUUUUCCUAAUAACAAAUUUUGUGAGCAUCAACUCGAGGGACCAGCGGCAGGCCCUCGAGGUGCGCAACUACGUGCAGAGUCUCGCUCGCUCGGUCGGCGGUGCGUCAACCGUUGGUGGUGCCCCCGCUGCCCCCCCUGUUAGCGGUACCCCCUCUGGCAGCGCCUCCCCCCCUGCGGAACCCAAACUGCACAAAAUCAAAGACAUGGGCACGCUCGUCGACGCCCUGAGGAGGAAGAACCACUUCGUCCUCCGAAACAAAUACAGGAACAAGAGAGUCAUAGCGGGCACGUGCAAAAGUUUGCAAAUUUUUGAAAAACUAAAUGCCAUUAAGAAAAGCAUUGCCUUCCUAAUCGUGGACGAGUGCACCCAGAUAGACGAGCUCACUCUCUUUCAAUUUUUCCUUAAGCUCGAAAUUAGGAAGUUCCUCCUCAUUGGGGAUGUGAAGCAGUUGGGGUUCGUGCUCAAGAGCCCCAGCGACUUAACGAGGAGCAUGUUUUCGCGCCUGGUGGAGAACGAGCUGUUCAUAAGGCACCUCCUGGCGGGGGCGGCAAACGGAGCGGACGAAGCGGACGCAGAGGGGGCAGCAAACGGGGCAAACGGGGCAAACGGAGCAAACGGAGCAAACGCAGCUGCUGCAGGGGGUGGAGAGGAGCAAACCAUCGACCGCAUCGUGCACAGAGUGAGGAGCAUGAGCGCCGCAGAAUUCUCAUCCCUAAGGAGUUACCUUUACGCUAACAUGUUCCGACUGCACGGGGGGGACGGCCAUCCAUGUGAAGGUGGCGAUGUGAAAGUGGAAAGGAGUUCGCCACGGACCCCCCAUUGUGUAGACAACCCCUUGGAGAGAGGACCACCCCGCGGAGGGAUCAACCAACUAAUCCUCAUGAAUGAGCAGUUCAGAUGCCACCCUGAGAUUAGCUCCAUAUGCAGUCACCUCUUCUACAAUGGGUUAAUAAAAAAUGCAAAGUGCACAGAGAACAUCCCCCUGAUGUAUAGGCGAUACGACUCCCACGUCAAUUUCAUCCUAUUGAGGAAGAAUGCCACCCCCCCGCGGGAGGUGACCUUUGGGUCGUCCUCCUUCACCAACGGAGCGGAGGCGAGCAUCAUCUUGGCCAUCUGCGAGAGCAUGCUUGCGUCUUCCAUCGACCCAGAGCAGAUAGGGAUAAUCACCUUGUUCAAAAACCAGGCGUUUUAUAUUAAAAAUAAAAUGAAGGCCUCCCCCAACUACGCGCGCCUCCGGAAUGUGAAGGUCAGCACGGUGGACUCCUUCCAGGGCCUGGAGCGGGACGUCAUCCUCUUUUCCUGCGUCCUCGCGGCAGUCGGCGGGGUUGGCGGCGUAAGCGGCGUUGGCGAUGUUAGCGGCGUUAGUGGGGUUGGCGGCACUGGCGGGGUGAUCGCAGCGGACGCUUCCAACGCUGCUAACGCCGCUUACGCCGCUACCCCCCGGGAGGACUCCUUCCAGGCGUUCUAUGAGAACGCGAACCGCAUCAACGUGGCGCUGAGCAGGGCGCGGAGCCAGCUGAUCGUCGUGGCCCAGAGCAGCUUCGUGGAGGGCAGCCGGGUGUGGAGCUUCAUCAAGUCCCGCGCGAAGGUCUACCACUACGAGUGA